AUGCAGUGGAUUGAGCGAGAAGUGCUGAAUUGGGAACUCUCUGGAGCUGGGAUUCGCGGCGAGCUUGAACAGGUCAAGAAGAUUGUCGAUUUGCGCAUGCCGGAGGCUCUCAUCUUCCUCAAAUGCCGCCAACUAACAGUGACUACUAAAACCCUUAAAACCUUCGGAUGCAGCGUUGUCGGAUGGCUCCAUAACCCUAAGCUCCGUUCCCCCACCUCGAAGGAUGGCGGCUUCUCGCCUAUUCAAUCUACUCGGGGUCUCUAUCUUCCACAAGCGCACAAUCCUCGCAGCCUCCCCUCCUAUUGGCUUCAAAAAACUAUUCCCUUCCCGGACCCCACCCCUUCGGUUCGCCAGGUGCAUUUCCUACUCGCCCGCUGCCGAGUCCAUCGCCGUCAACGACGCAGGAACCGCUUCUUCCGAUCCUCACCACCCGUGGCCCGAGUGGGUCGCUUCGUGGACCGCCUGAAGGCCAAGGGCUACUUCGCCGGAGCUCCUUCGUCUCCAGAGCUGGAGGCCGACGCCCAGGGCACCGCAGGCGAAGGCUUCGAUGUAAACCUUUACACGGACAUGAAUCUUGUAAAGGACGCCGCGCUCAGCUUUGCCCGUGACCGUUUUGACAUUUUCAAAUCAUUGUCCUCAGAAGAUAUUCAAGCAGUUGUGGAGGUUGGGUGUCCUAAUCUUUUCCGGAAGGUUGUUAAUUCAGCUAAGAGGUUAAGAGCCUACGUACGCCUUGAUGAAGGAGAUGUCUGCAGUGCUUGUAACCUAAGAGGUUCAUGUGAUAGAGCUUAUGUAAUGCUAAAAGAUUCUGAAGGAGCAGCACGCAUGGUGGAUAUUGUGCGAAUCUUGUUGUUCUGUGCACUGGAUCCACUCAUUAUUUCAGGUGGGGAAAUUUCUCCUGGUAGACCGCUGGUUGAAGCAUCGGCAAGAAAUCUGCUUUCAGAUUUGGUUGCACUGAGUGAAACUUCCCUUGAUCCUGAACUUCCCAAGCCUGCUGCACGAACUUUAAAACAGAAUAAGUCCAUAAAUUUCGUGGUUGAUGAACAGUCUAUAGAUGUUGAAAUGAAGAGGGGAGAUUGGAUGUGUCCUAGGUGCAACUUCAUGAAUUUCGAAAAAAAUCUAAAAUGCUUGAAAUGCAAAGAAAAUGGCCCUAAAAGAGUUGGUUCAAAUGAUGUUGAAAUGAAGAAAGGAGAUUGGAUCUGCACUGAAUGCAAUUUCAUGAAUUUUGCUAGAAAUGUGCGGUGCCUAAAAUGCAAAUCAGAGGGUCCUAAGAGGGUUGUACAAGAUGUUAAAAUGAAGAAAGGAGAUUGGAACUGCCCAAAGUGUGAUUUCAUGAAUUAUGCUAGUAACAGGGUUUGUUUACGUUGCCGAGAGGCCCGUCCCAAAAGACAACUGAAUCCUGGAGAAUGGGAGUGCCCUUCAUGUAAUUUCUUGAACUUCAGAAGAAACAUAACCUGUCUGAAAUGCAACUGUGAACGCCCCAAAGAGGUAGCAAGACAGUAUGAGGAGCAGAUGUGGAUGAGUCCUCAACAAAGCCCAAGCACAUCUUUUUAUAGACGAGAAGAUAAUCACUGAUAACAUUUCAUCAUCAGAAAAGAUACCUAAAAAGCAUUCCAAUCCCGAUGGUUUUCCACGGGCAUAAGGAGACCACCAAUGUGCUACAUUCUGACUUCUGUAAUUUUUAGAUCCAAUUGAUUUUUCUUGCAAUUCCAAGGGCUGAUCAACUUGAGCUUUUACUGUAAGUUUGUAUCCCUUCUUGCAAGUGUUAUGGGCACAUUUCCUUUUAUGAAACACAAACGCAUUUGAUGCAUGCUUACAA